UGCUUCUCAGGCCGAGGAGGUGGAUGUGAUUAUCAGUGUAUCGGCGUAAUCCCCGACCAUCCUUCCGGUAGGGGAAAUGCAAGGAGGGUUCUGCCGCGUGACUGCCAUCGGUAUGCUAAGGAAUGGCUACAUCACACGACACACUCGCUGUUCCAAGAGUUCAUUAGCUACAUGCCUGAAGACUUUAGCCCCAAUUGCAGAGGUACCAAUUCAUUUGGUGACUGACCCGACUCAUGUUGAGUGCGUGCCUUGAUUUGAUACUCGUACACAGAUUAACCUUCUGGUAUCAGCGCUGGUCAAAAGCUUUCACAGAAGAUAUUGUUUCAAUCCGAUCCGGAAGCGGCACCAAUCAAGAAGGUUUGCCAGUAGGUGCCGUCGAGAAACAUCACGAAAUCGAGUCCCAGUCCUCUAACAACGUAGUUGAGCUCUUUCCUUCCUCAUUCUUAACGCACAGCCGACUUCUUUCCCCAUUUCACUUCUUUUUUUUUUUUUUUUUUUUUUUUUUUCUCCUCCGUACAAUAUCGUUAGUUUACUCAAAGCAAAACUUGCCAACCGACUCCAUCUCAUUCUGAGUUGUACAAUCGACGACUAUCGCUAAGAUCUGCAGCAACCUGCCAACUCGAGAGGAUGG